AAACAAAAAUUGAAAGUCGGAAAGUCGAAAGUCCUUCCAUCAAACUUUACGGACACUUCGUACCGUACUAAAGCGUUGGUUCUUCCCACUCAGAAUGCACUUGCAACUGAAACUCUCUCAGUUGAUGAAAAAACAAAAGCACAGUUCGCACACUCAUUAGGAUUAUUGAAGCAUCAUAAUUCAAAUCAGAGAAAGGAUGCCCUCGAAAAGAUAGCGGCUAACUUGGAAGAGAAUCCUGAUUUGCUCAAAGUUUCCAUUUCUAUGAUUGUUCGUGUCACGGCACCCUUAAUUUUGGAUGAGUCUCCACAAGUUCGUAAUCUUCUUCUGACUUUUUUCAAAAAUCAGAUUCUUUCUGUGGAGCCUACUCUCCUUCAACCGAACAUCAACAAUCUCUUCCUGUUCACGCAUUCAGCAAUGACUCACAUUUCUCCGCCUAUUCGUUCUGAUUCGACAAAGUUUUUUGACUUACUAUUGGAUGUUUGCACCACGAAACUCGACGAUUCAGUACUCUCAUUGCACUGGAACAAGUCUCUCGAUUGCUUUGGAAAUCUUCUUGGCUGGAACAAGGAUACUGUUUCAACACAUGGUUCCGUAAGAUUGUCAAAAUCUUCGUCAAAUUCAAUGGUCCGUCACAUAAAAACCUGCCGAAAGUUAUUUGAAAUUGGCUUACGGAAAGACUCCCACAAAGAGGAGGGUUCAAUGUGCUACAAAUUCUCAUUUCCGUAUUUCAAUUGCUUGACAGUUGUACAUCCCAUGUUUAACAAAUUGUACACGCCCUGUACGUUUUCCCACUUGUCGUUGUUCUCAACAACUAGACAUGAACUCGUUGACAGUCCUGAAUACCGUUGGGACAGCAUUGUCCCCUUUCUUCCUGGUAUUCUUUCAUUUAUUCGUGACUCUUGGAGUGAUUACUGUCCGUUGGUGGCCGAAGUCCGCAACACACAAGAGCAAUCCAUCACCUGUGAUAAUAUUCUUGUUAUUUUCACCCUCAUUUAUCAAUUCUAUCAACGGUCAGAACAUCAAAAAUCGGCAUUAACAAAAAAGUUUGCUAAGGUUCUUCAGAAAAUUCGACAUGAUGCAGAACUGUUAAAAUUAAAUUUUGGUUACGACAAAAAAUGGGGCGUCGUCUUGAACAAAAUUGAUAAAUUUGACGACGAAGAGGCUACUUAA